ACUAGAGACAGAACCAGCCGGGAAGAAGGAGGCAGCCGCCGCCGGCCUGUCCCCAGCAGCCUCCGCUCUGGACCCCGCCGGGGCGCUCGCGGGCGCGGCCACCCGGAGCGCGGGGGCGGGCGGAGCGUGACCGGAGUCCGGUCGGCCGGGUAGGAGCGCAGCGAGCGCGCCCGGCCCCGCGCCGCAGGAAGGAGCCGCCCGCGGCGCCGGCGUCAUGCCCCGCAUAGAUGCGGACCUCAAGCUGGACUUCAAGGAUGUCCUGCUGCGACCCAAGCGGAGCAGCCUCAAGAGCCGAGCCGAGGUGGAUCUUGAGCGUACCUUCACAUUUCGAAACUCUAAGCAGACCUAUUCAGGGAUUCCCAUCAUUGUGGCCAACAUGGACACUGUAGGGACAUUUGAGAUGGCAGCUGUCAUGUCGCAGCACUCAAUGUUUACAGCAAUUCAUAAACACUACACCCUGGAUGACUGGAAGCUCUUUGCCACAAAUCACCCAGAAUGCCUGCAGCAUGUAGCUGUGAGUUCAGGCAGUGGGCAGAAUGAUCUGGAAAAGAUGACCAGCAUCCUGGAAGCUGUGCCACAGAUCAAGUUUAUUUGCCUGGAUGUGGCUAACGGGUAUUCAGAACAUUUUGUGGAAUUUGUGAAACUCGUCCGUGCCAAAUUUCCUGAACACACCAUUAUGGCAGGGAAUGUGGUGACCGGAGAGAUGGUGGAAGAGCUUAUUCUGUCUGGAGCAGAUAUCAUCAAAGUGGGAAUUGGUCCAGGUUCCGUGUGCACCACCCGCACCAAGACAGGGGUGGGCUACCCCCAGCUGAGCGCAGUGAUCGAGUGCGCAGACUCUGCACAUGGCCUGAAGGGGCACAUCAUCUCUGAUGGAGGCUGUACGUGUCCAGGAGAUGUCGCCAAAGCCUUUGGAGCUGGAGCUGACUUUGUCAUGCUGGGAGGAAUGUUUUCGGGCCAUACCGAAUGUGCAGGAGAGCUGAUUGAGAGGAACGGACGGAAGCUCAAGCUCUUCUAUGGAAUGAGUUCUGAAACGGCCAUGAAAAAGCAUGCGGGAGGAGUCGCAGAGUACAGAGCCUCUGAAGGUAAGACGGUGGAAGUACCUUACAGAGGAGAUGUAGAAAACACCAUUCUGGAUAUUCUGGGAGGACUUAGGUCUACCUGCACCUAUGUGGGAGCUGCCAAACUCAAAGAGCUCAGCAGGAGGGCAACGUUCAUCCGGGUGACCCAACAGCACAACACGCUGUUCAGCUAACCCCACGGUUAAGAUGGAGUGAUGUCUGCUUAAGCGGAAGCUCCCCACACACCUGCUCUUCCCAUCUCCCGCCCACCCCCCCACAUCGGCUUCUGGCUGCUCCUGAAUGGUGGAACAUACAUCCUUUCUCCCUUCUGCGCCUGGAGGCUUUGGGGCUCUCCCUCGUGCCUUCUUGGGGCCCAGAAGAUGGGGCCAGCGGUCAGAGCCCAGCUACCCAGAACUCAUAACCUCAUUGUUAAAACCAGUAUUUGCACCUCUUUCUCCCUCCCUUUCUUUUUUAAAAGAAAAUGGUUUCACUUUAAUAUAAUGCCAUUAUCUUAAGACUUGAUCGAGUGCUGGAGUUUGCAUUUGCAGGACCCAAGUUGUUUUCCCCAGUGGGCGUUUUGGGCUCUAGGUUAUUUGGAGGUCAAUGCACAUCCAGACUUGGACUAGAAAGGUGGUACUUAAGGACAUUUUUUGCUUUCUUGGACAGGCCAGUGGCAAGCCACUUUGGCUGUUAGCAGACAAGUCACUGUAGGAGGGGAGGGGAGGUUUGGGAGGUGGAGGAGAAAAGCCAGGGUUGGAGUGACUGGCAGCCCCCCUCCAGCUUUAGGUACUGGAAAACAACACAAGCAAUUGACUGGACAAAUGAACAUGAACUGUCUUCCCAGUUUAUGCUCACAAGGUCAUGGGGUGUGUUUUCACUGACUCCUUUAUUACAUGUGCUUUUUGGGAAUAAGUCACCUCUCACCACCAGUUUGCUACUGCUGGGGGAAAGCUAACCCUGUCUUUUCCUCCCUUUUCAGUCCUAACAUGUCAGGAUGGCCUCUUUUUUUUCUUUUUUUUGCAGUUUUUGGCUGGGGCUGGGUUUGAACCUGCCACCUCUGGCAUAUGGGGCUAGUGCCCUACUUCUUUGAGCCACAGGUGCUGCCCAGGAUGGCCUCUCUUUAAGAAGUUAUAAAUAAUUUUGAAAUUCCACAAGACGUUUUACUGAAAGGUUAUCUAUCAAGAAAUUAGUAGGUGGAGAACCACUGAAAGACAGCAAAACCUUUGACCAGUAGGAUCCUAAAAGGCGCUGGCUUAAAGAGUCAGAACUGUUCUGUGCCAAAUGAUCCAGGGAGGUGACACCCAUCUGUCCACCAUAGUGCCCUAAGACUGUGCCUGCUACGGAGGCACAUGCUGCUUUGUCCCUGUUGUUUAAAGCUUUGGCAGACUAACUCUGUCUCCAUAACCAAACACUGGUCUCUUACAGUCCAAUAUUUAGGUAAGAAAUUUUAAGGCUCUGUUACUCUUUUGCCUUAGCAAAUUCACCUCUGCCUCCAAUAGGAAUGGGCCUGGGGACCUCACUUUGUAGUGUCCCUCAGACCAGCUAUCCUAUGGGACCCCAACAUGGAACAAACAGCCUUGCUGCUGACCCACUGGGCUUCCUGUACCAGGGUGGGAGGGGAGGAAGAGCCAGGGGACUUGAUGCCAUCUGCCUUGAGCUGCUCUGUGUGAGGUGAGUACCAUGGCCACUAGACAGAACCAUUAGCAUCUCAUAAAAACAGAAAGGGAAGGCAGAUUCAGGCUGUUUCCCCAGACUUGCUCACAGCACGGGCACAAUUGCCCAAACUACUCUGGAGGAGAACCUGGGGCAGCACUUCUUACCUAAUCGUCACAUCUAAUGUGUGUGUCAGCACCUCAACAAUUAAGUCUCGUGAGAGGACGAGUCCUAGUUGGAUGCCCCUCAGACACCUAACAAAGACCACAGUAGGAAAGAGUCCCCAUUCCUCAUGAGAUAAGUGAAAACUGAAUUUAACCCGCAUUGUCUCCCUUCUCUGUGUGACCUUGAGGUGGGCGUGGAGGUGAUCCCCCUGAAAGUCACAAGUUGCUGAGCAGUUACUUUCUGGGACAACUGUGAAGCCACAUCUUUCCAAGGUGGGCCCGGUAAAAACAUACCGUGCAGUACUGCUGAGGACAAACACAGGGGCAAUCCCUGCUCACUGAAUUUCUAGCAAGCAGGAGCUAUGGGAAACCUAAACAAAUUUUCUAUCUUCAGACCACUAACCAGUUUACAGCCAAACUGUAGAGGAUAUAUAAUGGUUAUGCCACAUGAGCCCAUGAAGCUGCCAAAUGUCUGUAAAUAAAUACCUCUUGUAGGAACCACAGUGUUCUGAUAGUAAAUGUGAAUGUGAACCGAACAAGAUAUCAGAUGUGGACACAUGCCUUUUACCUUACGUCAUCCCAAGCACACACUACACCCUGCUGCAAAAAAAAAGAAUCAGGCUGGGGAGGCAACACGUCAUGUCACUUCCCUUACCAUGGACCUUCCCAGGGAGCGCUGAGUUCAUAGAAGGGGUUAAAUUAAGAAAGGAAUUAGGACGACUUUCUCAGCCUUGACAAAAGGCAAAGACACAAUGUUUGCAAUUGGCACUGUUAUUUUAUUAGUACGAGUAUACUGAAACAAUAAACUUGUACUGGUAUACAGACAAUUUAUUUAAAACAAUUUUGUUCAAAUUUUGAAUCAAACAUUGUUUUAUUAUAAUAAUGAAAUAAUUUCUACCUAGAAAACCUGCAAGCACCAUCAAAGAAAGGGACCAUAAAAUUCAAUAAACAGACUCGAGUGUAUCCUACAAAUAGACACACCACGAUUAGAAAAUAGAAUAUGAAUUCUUCCAUUUUUUUAAUAUUUGUUUUAAAAAAGCUAGUGCAAGUACAAUAUUUUACACUGGAAUUACAGAGAGUAUGCACGCAUAUGGAAAAAAGUUCUCCUGUCACCAUAAAAGCUCUUAACUAUGUAUGCACUUAAAAUUUUCUUUUCAAUAAGGUGCAAAACAUCCUUCCUUCCCUAGUUCUCUGUACUGGCCAUGUCAGUCUGGUAGCGCCCACAACCCAAGUUCUGGUGUCUGUUUUCCUGUGGGAGGCAUACAAAUCAGAAGUUUGGUGGGUAAUGAUCCAAGAGUAAAACCUCCCGUGGUAUGAAUCUCAAGAGAUGACUCUGGGGCCAGGACCCCACUGGCUAGAAAUUAGAGUUCUGUCUACUCCGAAGGGCACCACAAAUACUGACAGGACUAUAUUAAAACCUCCUUUCAGUUGACACUAAUUUGGGUUUACAGUUGAGCAGUGCAGGCUGGGGAGGAAGAAACCCGGCCGAAAAGGGCAGUAUUCACAGAACUGGAUGCACAGGUGUCAAGUUUAAGAUUCACCGACUAAAGAAUUUAUCCCACUCCUGUACCAGAUAAUAACUUAGAGCAGCGGUUCUCAACCUGUAGGUCACGACCCACAGGAACUGUAUUAAAGGGCUGCGGCAUUAGGAAGGUUGAGAACCACUGACUUAAAAGAGUAGGGGUGGUCCAUGUAAGAACCGGAGCAAACCUAUGCACCGAGCUUCUCAGUUAACUGCUCUUUAUCAACCACAGCUCUAAGCUAGUGUCACCUCAGACUUGGUUCUCUGGAGGACAGUAUGUUAUCUUGGUAAGGAUUACUGUAAACAACGCUUCCAAUGAAGGCCUUCAGAUUGGCCACGGUCAAAAGAGACAAGCUCACUGGCCAUCCAGACGGCAAACAAACUAAAGAAAAAGAAAACGUGGGUGAGUGGGUGAAGUCUCCAAUUUAUCUGCAGUGGAAGACUUGAAUCCUUUCAGAUAAGAAAAGGUAUGGAAAUUCUCAGAGACUGUUAUUGUAUAGAUACUACCUAUUGGCCAAAUGCACUUAAAAUUUUAAUACAGUCGAACCAUUUCUAUGCAAGUCAUUGGGGACAUGAAAAACUGAAGCCACUGUUCCCUACCGCCAUUAUACAGGUGAAUGUUCGCUACCAGAACAAUUGCUUUUAACGAGAAGAGAGGGGAUGAGAUUCUGAAUUUAAGAAUUGAAGGUGGGGAUGCUUAAUAUCCCCCAUAGCUGUCCAGUUUCCUCUGUCCAGCAAGAUUUUUGGACAAGAAUACUAUUCGGAGACAUUACUACACAUUUAUUUUGGCCUCCUUAAGGAAAAAUCAAAACUAAAAUAAAAUGAGGCAUUUACAUGGAAAACCCCUCCCCCAUUUAAAUGAGGUGAAAGGCGGUUAAACAAUUUUUUUUUUGUCCCCAUAAUGAUUCCUGUUUUAUUGGUAGCUAGGAUUCCUUGUUACAAACACUUCAUGUUCAGGAUUAUAUUCUUUGGGUUUAGAGGAACAGGAAGUGCUGAAAAUGUCAAACAUCAUCUCUGAAAUAAAAGAAGCUGCAAUGGCUUAAGAGUUUAGUCUAAACAAGGAGUUCAGAGAAGUACUUUCAGCAUAGGAAUGAACAGUAUUCUCAAAUAGCAGAAUACAGAGUUCCCCUCCCUCAGACAAGGGCUUUGUGUAACGAAAACAACAUAAGCAUAGGUAUAGUUUAAGAGCCUUUUAUGUAGUAAAUCUUCUAGGCCAUAACCAUAUAAAUCUGAUCAUUUAGACAUGACAAAUUUCUAUAUACAAAAAAACAUGUAACUUUCAACCCUUAUCUGCUUUUUUUUGUUUUUUUGUUUUUACAAACAAAGUAUGAAACUCAUUGUUUCAACAGAUCCAUAUCUUUCAAACACUGAAUGAAUCAUUUCGACAUUCAUUUUUCUUCUGUGCAAUUUUUUAAAACAUUACCUGUACUCCUCAAAGUGAGUGCUUCAAAAUGUUUUCUCUUCAGCUUCUCAAAUUAGGUGUACAUUAAAAAAAAAAAAAAUUCCCACAAGGUAUAGUGCUACAAGAAAAGAUCCUAUCAGUAAGGUAACAUAUUUGAAGCGAGGUCAUCUAUGUAAAAGAAAUCUCAGCUCCGGAGUAGAGGUGUGCAAGUUGUUUGGAGUUUCCCUAUCAACAGAAACACAACACUGUCCGUGGAAAAGAGAGGAAACCAACCCAACACAAUAGCAUAUGCAUGUGCUUUAUAAAAAAGUAUAUUCUCUGUAUAUUUAUUACUUGAUGUGUUCUUAAAUUCUCUAUUUCAGAAAUUCUGGGUUUAAAACACAAGUGUGGAAGCAAAGGCCUCCACUCCACUUAAAAAAAAAAAAACAAAAAAGCGUGAUUCGCUUUCCUUUCAUUAUCACCACCGAAGAAACGGGAUUGGGCCGUGGAGUCUGUUGGCCCUGUUUUCACCUGGUAUUAUCGGGGGUGACUGGAAAUUGAAGUGCAAAGGGGUUCAGAAGAGAACAGACCAGUUUGUUGAGCUGCCUGCAGUUCAUGAGACGGUAGCCAUGACAACCAACACAGCUCAAAAGCCUGGCCUUCGGUCCCAAGAGCUCUGCUUCCUCACCCACAUCUGAAAUAGCAUGGCAUUAGUGUCUUCAAAAGCAUUUUGAGACUUUUCUCUGCACGAAAGAAAUAGGUUUCCUUAGUAGUCACAGAUAUUAUAGGGUUAUUGUCAAUUGUUUCCUUAAACAAAACAAAACAAAGAAAAUCCAAAGCUACAACAAUAAAAAUAAAUUUUGGCAACAUAUUUCAGUAAAGAUCAAACUAUGUGCAAAGAGUGGAUUUUAUGAUUACUAGGAGCUACUGUUCGUCUUGAACAUGCAGCAUUAUAUUGCAAUCUAUGCAGUAUCUAAGGAGUAAUCCACAAGAUGCAGGAAAUCCAAACAUUCCUUAAUAUUGUACAACCCUACUCCAGAGCAGUCAAAGUGCUGCUUCUGGACACGUCAGUGUACCACACACACACCGGCCCCGUCCCUGAGUAAGAGGUGUGAAAGGUUCCGCAGAGUUCCUUAAAGGGGAAAAGGAGGGAUGCUGCCACUUCCUGUGGGGGGAGAAACCCGACACACUCACCUAACAGAAAACAUUUAGGGUCACGAUUCAGAGUUAGAAAUGGGAUCGACGACAAACAAGAAAAUCAAAUCAUCCCAAACCCAACUGGGUGAGUUAGGGAAAACAAAAACUUGACUGACAUAGAAAAUUAUCCCAAAAGUCCAAAUGAAAAUGCAAUUUGGAUUUCCACUUCAAAAGAUUUGAGGUAAGUGGCAUCCGUCUCUGAAUCCCUCCCUCCCCCACCCCCUGCCCCAAUGUGGCCCAGACAAACUGAAAUAAUUCUUAAGUUAAAACAUUCUAAGGAACAGUCAUUUUAUAUAUUUAGAAAUCCCUAUAAAGAGAGGUUCUUGCUUGUUGGUUUCUUAUUAAUAAUAUUAUUUUUUUUUCUUUCGCCCUGACUAAUUUCUUGGUGAUUGUGUUCCAUUGUAAACGCAAAAGGCCUGCUGUUAUUAGUUUAAAAAUGGAAAACAGGAAAGAAAGAAGAACAAAAGACGGCUGUCGGUAAAUAUUGCCAAGUGGACACAGUACAGAGGCACGUGGCUGAUCCUUGUAUGCUGCACGGCACCGAAGGACUUCUACCCCUGUCAUUGUUUUGUCUGCUGUGCAGAAGUGGUGACAAAGGCUUGCCAGCGUCUGCAAACAAGAGGAGGCUCCUGCCCUGUGCGGUCUUCCUAUUUGAAGAGGAAGCUGCCACGAGAGUGGUUGACCGUGGUUGGCAGGUGGUCCCCUUCACAGCCCCUGGGCAGCACGCUCAGAACGCACACACACACAGGCUACACUUCCUGCCCACGCACGGCAGCAGAGCUCAACGUCUCAAGGACACGGACCCUGAGGAGGGCCCUAUACUUGCAGAAAGGACCGUGGAAAAUGGGUUGACACCAGGCUACAUUGCUCCAGAGUGCAUCUUAGAAAUGAAUCUGCCUCCUUCCUCUCCAUACUCCACAUCCACUAUUCCGGGUGGUGACAGGGGCACUGCGCCUCUUCCCCUAGGUCUCCUCGGCUGGCUCUUUCUGCAAGAUGGUGACAGACACUCCUGAAGGCUCCCCGCCCCAGCACUCAGCAUCUGCAGCAGGGGAAAGGCGGGAGGCUCUCCCCAUCUUGGAUCCUUCCCGCCAGCCCUGCUCUGGCCAGAACAGGGAACAUCAACCGAACAAGGAAAAAGCCAAAAGGGAUUGAGCUUUAACUAUAUAGCACACCGGUCAGACUCUAUUGGCACAGAAAGUAUUGCACAUGCUAAAAGAGCAAGAGAAUGAAAUGGGACACAUGUUUAGAAAGAACCAAUUAUUUUAUAAUUCCUAUACCUGAAAUAGAACCACAAAAAUGAUGAUGAUGUUCCUAUUGCUCCAAACCAUGUGUGUUUUCUCAUUUUAGUUUUGGUUCAAUGGAUCCAGUCAGUUCAAUACUCGAAGUAAGCCAACAAGGUAGGGUGUGUGUUUUGUGUGUGUAUGUUUUGAGUCCACAUGAGUUGUAAAUAGUGGUACUAAUGAAAACAAAGUCUAUGUGGCAGCCCCGUAUUCCUCUUACCAUCAAAGGUUAAAACACAAAAAGAAAAACAAAACC